AUGAAGAAGGCGAGAAGGGCAAGCUAUGGCCAAGACCAGAGCAACAUUGUAAAUAUCAACAACAUUUCACCUGUCAAGAAGAGAACAAAGAAUGAGACAACAACACAACAAACCGACUGUACAAACACAUCAUGGCUAUCAUACUACUCAUCAUCAUCAUCAUUAUCAACGGAUGGCCACGACCAUGAAAAUUACCAUGAUCAAUCAAAUUUGGAUGACACUAGAGAUACCGCCAGCGACUUUUUGAACACAUCAGCCAACUCUUACAAUGAUGGAGACAUUAGCAAUCGAUCAUUUCUGAUUGAUUCCGAUGAGAACCUUACUGAGGACGAGUAUCAAAGUUCAUUGGCACCAUCUGAAUCACUCAUUUUCGACAGUCCAUUCGCAGGACAACUUCCAAGCUCGCUGUCCACACUUCGAUCACCACCCAAGUCAAAGACUACGCCAACCAAGUCCAAUGUGUCAUCAUUGGUCUCCCCGACAAAGUACCUCAAAGCUUCAAACUUUGUUUGUCAGAACAAUGGCGGGCGAGUCAAUCACAAUGAACAUCUGACCUCGGUAAUGGAGAAGCUACAGAGCUUGUCAGAAGCGGAAGGCGAUCAUUGGCGUCAAUACGCCUACAAGAAGGCCGUGAGCAUCUUGCGCGCUCUACCAUUCAGAGUGAAUGAUGCCAAGCAGAUCAGUCACAUCAGAGGCAUUGGUGCCAAGAUCUUGGACAAGAUACGUGAAAUACUGCACACGGGCACACUGCUCAAGGUUGAGCGAGCACUGGCCGACACUACCAAUAUCUCUCGUGAGACGCUGUCCAAGAUACAUGGGGCGGGUCCCGAGACGGUGAGAAAGUGGAUCGCCAAAGGUAUCGACAGUUUGGACAAACUACAACAGGCUGCAAGCAAGGAUCAAUCAUUUCUCACAUGGCAACAACGUAUUGGACUCAAAUACUAUGAUGACUUCCAAUUGAGAAUACCACGUGAUGAAGUACAAGCUAUUGCUGACAAUAUACAAGCUGUUGCCAAGGAGAUUGACAAGGACAUCAUCAUGCAGGUGUGUGGAUCGUUCAGGAGGAGCAAACCAGACUGUGGCGACAUUGACAUACUAUUCACUCAGGUCAAGGGUGAGAUACUAAAGGGCUUCCUUUGGCAACUUGUCAAGCGUCUCGAAUCAAACUCAUUGUUAACCGAUCACCUGACUCAUGUAAAGUCCGACAGUGACAAGUAUAUGGGUGUAUGCAGACAUGGACCCAAUGGAAAGCACAGGAGGAUUGAUUUCCAAACCAUACCAAGAGAGGAAUGGCCAUAUGCUUUACUAUACUUCACAGGAUCUGAUCACUUCAAUAGGUCAAUGCGUCUAUGGGCCAGGAAGAAUGGAUUCUCCUUGAGCUCCUCGCAUCUAGUUCGUCGCUGGGGCACUGGCGACAACGAAGUGAAGGGUGAUCCAAUCGAAGCCGCCACCGAGAGAGACAUAUUCCUGCUUCUUGGACUCGAGUAUAAAGAGCCUCACGAGAGAGAGGUGUAG